CCAAUGAGCGCGCUCGGUGGGUACGCACGAGGAGACGGCUGUGAACUCUAUUAGACACGUCUUAUUAUUGAUAAAGAAAGUCCAAGAUUAGUUGCGGGAGCAGAAAACGUGGAAAUCCGUGUUUUUUUUCGCCGUGGAAGUGGAUCUAGCACUUGCUAACUAAUCAGCUACCGUCUCCGCGGAACCUUGGCACCGAACAAUGCCUGGCAAAGCAGCGGUGUCAGUGGCGCUCCCAGCCGCAGCGGCUCCUCACAAGUCAUAUCCUUUUGUUUUAAAGAAAAUCAUGGAUAUCCCACCUCCUAAUAUCCUGGAGGAAGGAGACGACGAAAUCGAGAAGGAAAAGCAGAGCUCCUCUGAGGAUGUGGAGGGAGGUGGCACCGUGGCAUCCAGCACUGGUGCCGGCACCAGAGGAGGAGGAGGAGGUGGAAGCGGAGGGGGUGCAGGAGUCUCAGCCUCCCUGACCCCGGCCAUCUGGGAGAAAACCAUUCCUUACGACGGCGAGACCUUCCACUUGGAGUACAUGGACCUGGAUGAGUUUCUUCUAGAGAACGGGAUCCCUGUGAGCCUGGAGGAAGAGGAGCUCCAGAGGACUCUGACCUCAGUGGACCCCAAAGGAAAACCCAUUCCCAAAGUGAUCGCUUUGGCUGCACCAGCCCCUGCACCGGUCGCCGCCCCUCCAGCUGCUGCUGUCACCGAAGUCGUCCCGGCGCCGCCUGCACCUUCUUCCUCCGAGGCCACUUCUGAUGCAGAGGAGACCGUGACGGUAACUACGCUGCAAACAGCCAAACUGGAGAAGGAGGAAGAGGACGAGGAAGAUGAGGAGGAGGAUGGACAAGAGGAGGAAUCUUUAGCUGAGGAAGUCCCAGCAGAAACGGAAGUGAAAAAAACAGAGCGAAACACGCCCUCCCCCAUUGACCCAGAUGCCAUUGAGGUGGACAUCAAUUUCCAGCCUGAUCCCACAGACCUGGUCCUGUCCAGCGUUCCCGGUGGGGAGCUGUUUAACCCCCGCAAGCACAAGUUCUCCGACGAGGAGCUGAAACCGCAGCCGAUGAUCAAGAAAGCCAAGAAGGUGUUUGUUCCCGAUGAACAGAAGGAUGAUAAAUACUGGUCCAGGAGGAAGAAGAACAACGUUGCAGCAAAGCGUUCCCGUGAUGCGCGGCGGCUGAAGGAGAACCAGAUCACGGUGCGAGCCUCCUUCCUGGAGCGGGAAAACGCCGCACUGAGGCAGCAGGUCGCCGAGCUGCGGAAGGACUGCGGGCGCUGCAAGAACGUCUUGGCGCGCUACGAAGCCAAGUACGGCCCCCUGUAAACCAAACAGAAACAUAAAAAACAAGGACGAAAUAAACAGAAAUGUAGAAUCCAUGAAGCAUCUAUGAGACCGAAGCAGAACUCCCUUCCCAACACAAACCUAAAUUUGCACUGUAAGUCAUCACCAACCUUCAGUCACUGCGUCGAGCUCCAGCUGACGCUUCUCAACAUGAUGCUGGAGUUUUUUGGGACACACACUGGGAGGUGGUGGGGGUGCGAUGGGAGCGGUGGUCGAUGGAAGGCCUGUGGAGAGCGCCUGGCUCCUGCACUGAGAGAAGAGGUGGACUGUUGGGGGAAGAAAAUGCAGGUUUAGUCCUGGAGAGGUCCUAAAAUAAAAAACAAGAGGAUAACACACACCGGUUCUAAUAGGACCAAUGCAAAAAAAGACUCAAUCAGGCUAAAUAAACGAGCAAGGGUUAGAUUCAUGGUGGCACUUCCAGCUUAAAGACGGAGGGAGUGGAGGAGGGCGGAGUGGGCUGUCCCAGUUCUUCCCUGUGUACACACUAACACAGCAUCUGAGACAUCUGUGUGUAUAAACAGUCGGUUUUCUGUACUGUCGUGUUUAGUGUGUGUUUGGCGUGUGUAAUUAAUCAUUGCACUUUUUCCUUUAAAGAAAAAACUCACACACCCUCACGAACACAUGUCCUGUGUUAGAGCAGCUAGCAGUUAGCCGCCUUGUUCACCAGAAAACCAGAGAAGGGGAAAAGAUGGUAGCUUCCAUGUGGGGUUAUAAAAAAAAAGAAGCAUGACCUGCAUUUUAAAGCUGCUGUGAUUUAAUGUUUUUCCUUUUUUACUGAUCUCAGAUCAGCUGUCAGAGCCUCUUAAAAUAUAUAUGUAUAUAUAGGAGCGGUUGGUGAAAAUGAAGACUAAUUGAGAAAGAAAGUCAAUUAGAUGGUCAAAGAGUGACAAACCCAAAGGCCCUCACCUGUGGAGGGGUAUGUCUGUAUGGAGAGAUGUUUAUUUUACUGCACAUUGUAAGUAGGGGGCGCUAGAGUCACCGUCUCCCAAUCAGAGGCGCAGUGACAGGAUUGAUUUAUUUUCCUUUUUUUAUUUUUUCUAUUUUCUAAAGAUGUAGCUAGGGCCCAGAGCCUGUGUGCUUGUACAUAUUUGUGUAUCAGGGUUUCUAUUCUUUAAAACGGGGACUAUGCCUGUGUCUUUGGUAACUUGGUAAUAUCUCAACACUUUCCUAACAAUAAGUGCUGUAUUCUUUCUGAUGGUAAUAACAUCUGUUAACUGUGAUGUAUAAGAAUAUGCCAUAAGAAUAUAUCUAUUUUUCCUUUAAGAAACAGCUAUACUAUGAAACCAAUGACUGACCAGGGAGUUUAAUCGUUUAACUGUGCUUUUAAGGCGGAUUUCAUCAUGUGUUUGUUGUGAAGGUGUAGAUCUCUGUUUUACCGUCUCCUACAUCUAUCAGGUCCAGCCCCGGGUUCUAACUAGCACUUGAUCCAGGAUGUUUACUGUAUAUUUAACAGGAUAGAAUCCAUGAAUACAGAAAAAAAUCUUGCAGAAGAGGAAUCUAAAUUAAAUGAGGGGUAAGCUUCAAUUUUCCUCAUUUAGUCGGGUAAUCGCUCCCUUUGCAUUCUAGAAUCAGAGUUUAAGUAAAUCUAUCAAACUCAUUUAUAUGAAUAUUUCAAUUAGUUUUUUGUUUUUUUUAAACAUAAAAUUAUGUUCUAGUAAU